UAUAUUUUUUCUAAUUAUAAUACAGAGUAUUUUGAUGGUGUUGGAUUGAAACAUGAAAGUUGUGAUAGAAAGGAAGGAGAUGGCAGAAGAGAAAGAGGUCCACUUCCACUCUCUCUCUAUUAUUCUUAUUCUGAUGGGAGUGACAGCCAAGCGAAGCAACCCUCAAAAUCUGUACACUCAUCAUCAUCAUCUCACCUCCCAUAUUUUGAGCCCUUCAAAAGCAAGAUUUUUCUCUUAUACAAUCCUGAAUUGACUCUCCAACGACUGCUGCAUUAUUCUCUUCCUAGAUUGAUUUUGAUUUCUCUCUCUCUCUCUCCAUAUAUACUUAUACUCUCUCAUGUAUCUAUGUACACACACACACAAAGUGUCGGCCUUCAGAAUGUAGGUCCCAUAAUUGGAAUCAAUCUCAAGGAAAUCCCUUAUUUCAUCUGAUGCAUGUGCCCUCCUCACUGUUCCUCACAUCUGCAACGCUUCAGAUUCACGAAUUUGCAUUUCUCAUGUUGUAGUAAAGAGGAAUUCAUCUUUCUUUUUGUGUGCCUGGAUUUUCUGUUGCCGUUUAUCGCAUUAUGGAUUCUAGAACUGUGCUUGAUUAUGCUCUGUUUCAAUUGACACCGACACGAACAAGAUGUGAUCUCGUGAUAUUUUCUGGGAAAAAGAGUGAGAAAAUAGCAUCAGGGUUGUUGGAGCCAUUUCUCUGCCAUUUGAAAUCGGCUAAGGAUCAAAUUUCGAAAGGCGGCUAUUCGAUUCUGCUUAAGCCCACAUCCGCAGAUGCUUCUCCAUGGCUCACUAAGGCCAUUCUUGAAAGGUUUGUGAAGUUUGUUAGCACACCAGAAGUUCUUGAGAGAGUUGUGACUAUUGAGAGAGAGAUCAAUCAGAUUGAAAGCUCAAAUGAGCAAGUAAAUGGAGCACAAGCAGGCACUCCUGCUACUGAUGGAGAUUUCAGAUUUUCAGUUGCUCCAUUUAAGUCUAAAUCUGAAACCAAUGGUGACAAUGAUGCUGAAGCAGAAGAAAAUCCAAGGAUUCAUCUUCAACGUGUUUUGGAAUCUCGGAAAGCAAUGCUCAAGAAAGAGCAAGCAAUGGCUUAUGCACGUGCUUUAGUGGCAGGAUUUGAAAUGGAUUACAUAUACGAUCUUGUAUCUUUCAGUGAGGCUUUUGGAGCUCUCCGUUUAAGGGAAGCCUGCAUAAACUUCAUAGAACUAUGCAACAAGAAGAAUAAUGAUAAGAUUUGGUUGGACGAAGUAGCAGCAAUGCAAUCAUCGUACUUGGGAAUGCCUGGAACUAUAUUCAAUGGCGAAAAUAAUGAUCUGUUUCCGACUGGGCCAGCUAAGAGUUCAGCAUCCGACAGUGGUGAAGGGACAGAGAAUGGUUUACCGUCAGAGUUCAAUCUGCAACAGAGAGAAAGGGCAGCUCAAUCGCCGACAUGGCAAAACAAUCAUUCUCAGUAUAUGCAGAAUCCAAUGUUUCAACGACCCCCACCAUAUCCGGGGUAUAUCUUUCCCGGCAUGCAGGCCCCGCCCUCACACUAUCCAGGCAAUUUGCCAUCAUGGCCUGUCAAUUUCCACGAUACGGGCAUGUAUCUUGAUAGAAACAUUAAAGAUAGCAAGAGAUACAAGUCCUCUAACAAGAAAAAGGAAGGAAAUGUCAACCGGGCUCGAAGACACGGCACAAAAAGUGAAGGAGAAGAAAUUGAUCAGUCAAGUUCUGGAAGUGAUUCAAGUGACGAGCAAGACUAUGAGGCAGCCCUUUCUCCAAAUGAACGGAUUCAUAACAAGAAGCAUAACAGAAAAUCUUCAAGAAAAGUUGUUAUUCGUAACAUAAAUUACAUUGCUUCUGCCACAAACGAAGAAAGUGGUAGUGAUUCGGAUAGCUCUUCAUCUGAUGAAGAUGAAUACGUUGAUGCAGACUCCAUUAAACUGGAGGUAGAGGCAGCUGUCGGAUCAUUGAAGAAACAGCAUAGGUCGACCACCAAAAAAAAUAAAGCCCGAGAUGAUAGCAAGAAAGCCAGCAAUAAAUCUAAGAAUGCUUUUGAUGUUGCUAAUGCAGGGACAAGUCAUUCUGAAGAAGAAAGCAAAGGUGGGAACUGGGAUAUCUUUCAAAACCUCCUCAUGAAGGAUUCAGACUCGAGUAACAAUGUAACUGGUUUGAAGGAUAUUCAGUUUCGAGAAGAGUACUCAAUUGGUAAGGGAAAUUCAGAUAAGAAGCUAAACAAACCAAAGCAUGCAAGUGAAGAUUUCCUUCUCACUGAAAGAUCAUCCAGAAACAGAGUUCAAGGGUCCGAUGUUAAAUUCGAAGGUGAGGAGAUUUUCCACGGAGCUAUUAAGAGGACUAAAGAUGAGGAUUUGUUAAUGCCAUCAAGAGAAGGAGGAGGAUACUACUCCCAAAGUGCUCGUUUUGGCACUGAAUCGUCCAUCAUUAAGACCACGAAAGAGGAAGACUUGAUCAUAAGCGGAAAAAGAGAAUUAUCUUCAAAUCCAGGUGGGAGUAUAGAUCAUAAUAUUUUUCGUGGAGAACAGAUCUCCAAUCAUUUUCAAGAUGGAGAAAAUAAACGAGAUGUCCUUUCAGAUGAUUCUUUCAUGGUUCAGUCACGACCAUUGGAUGGUCCACUGCAAAGUCAGCCAAAGGCCGACAUUUUCAUGGUAUCAGGUGUUGUCGGAGCUAAUCAAUCCGGGAAUAGCAUGCAUGGAAAGGUUGAAGCUAGAACUUUCUCUGAACCUGAAGACUUCUCAAUGAUGCUUGGGCACAGUUCUGCUUCUGAGCAAGUUGUGAAUGCUAGGGCUCCUCAUAUAGAUCAUGGUAAUGAUAUUUCAUUAUAUGAAACAGUUGGGAUUCAGUCCAAAACUGAAAGUGAACCACGCGAUACCAUUGAUGCUACACCUCUCCAAAAUGGCAAAUCAAACAAUAUCAAGAGUAGCAAGGGACAGGGAAGAAAAGUGGCCGGAAAAGAACCAAAGUCUAAAGCUCCAAAUGGGUUGCUGUCAAGGAGCAAAUCCGACAUUCCAUUGAGGAGCAAGAUAUCAACAGCUGGAAGCACAAGAGGCAAAUCUGAUAAGGAAGAGGAGAAAAGGAAGAAAAUGGAAGAAUUAUUGAUUCAGCGUCAAAAAAGAAUUGCUGAAAGAAGUGCUGCUAAGGGUGUUACCCAAGAAAUUCCAAAAAAGCAUACAAGAGAGAGUAAGAAGAGUUCUUCGGCAAAUGGAAAGACUAAUAAACUUCAGGCCCCAACUGUUGAGAAUAAAACAUCACGUAAACCAGUUAUGAAGAGCUCCACCAUUGAUCGUUUAGCUACUGCUCGAACAACAAACAAGCAGUCAUCCACUGAAUCCAAAGUGGGUCAAAACCGGAAACCAUCAUCUAAGGUGAACCCCUCAAUGGCACCUUCCUCGUUGAAAAAGACAAAUACAACUCAGGAGCGACAGGACAAGAUCAAUCCUUCAGACAAGAAAACGGGUACAAAUCCUUCAAGGAGUACUUCCAAUGGGCAGGGAAAGGACAGCAAAGGUGCCACUCCCGUGAUCUCGGAUGAAUCUAGAAGAGCAGAAGGAACUCAAACUGAAAGGAAGAACAGCAAUGAAGAUUUUGGGACGGAUACCGUGUUACAUACUGUAACUUCAGUUGAGAAUAGAGAAUUGAUUACAGUUUCCACUACAGAUGCUACAGAAGAGAAGAACUCCAUUCAGAUCAUACCUGAUAAAGACACGCCGCUCCCUUUAAAAGAUUCGUCCAUGCCAAAGGAGAAGCAACUUAAUGCUAACGAUGAUUGCGUUGGGAGUGCACCUGACAUCGCAGUGCAUCCUUCUGUGGAAAAUAAUUUGAAAUCCGCUCUAUCAAACAGUAAUGAGAGAGGCGCAGAGAAGAAAAAGCUAUCCUUUUCACCCGAAAUCUCAGUGAUGAAUAUCUCAACUCCACCUUCAGACAGUGAAGCAAGUCCACAACUAAUGCAUUCCCGAAAAAAAUGGAACAAUGGUGAAAUCUCUCCAAAAAUCCCCAAGGGCUUCAGAAAGCUCAUCUUCUUUGGAAGAAGAAGUUGAAUCUUGAACAAAUUCGCCCCAAGAGUAUCUACAUAAUGCAUCAUCCAAACUCUCGAGGUAUGCUUAAAGUGUUUGCUUGCCUGUAUGGAUACACUUAUACUGUACAAGAAGAGCAUUACGGGGUGCAUGGUAUGCUGCCAAACGAUGAAGGAUGGGUUAAGUUAUGGAGAUCGGAGCAAUGAACCAUUGAGCAGGUGAUCAUGGUUUUGUAUAGAGAAUUCAUUCCAACCAUCUGAAAGCAAGAGGUCUGUUGUUCUUUCCUUCUGUAUCGAUGAUUUUGUUUCCUGAGUGUACUUAUUUGUUGUUUGAUGGUUUAGUUUGUAAGUGUGAUGUAAGAUCAAAUGAAUUUUGGUUGUAAUGCACGUUUUGCCUCAAUUGGUAAUGUAUCUAAAUUUAUGA